CGACUUCAUCAUGUCGGCGGUUAGUUAUUCGAUGCACAGAACCACCACAACUACAUCCUCCUCAUCACACGGAGGUGUCUCAGCCGGCCAUGCCGCUGAGGAGUUCGUUGCCUCUGCCGAGCGCGAGAAGCAAGAGAUGCAGCAGUUGAACUCUCGCCUUGAAGUUUACAUCAGCCGUGUCCGUCAACUUGAGGAUCGUAACAAGGAGCUUGUGAUUGAAUUGGACACCCUCCGAGGAUCACUUGGAAAUGACAUCGGACAGAUCAAGUUCAAAUUCAACGAUUCGUUGGUCAAAGUUCGCCGUGAGAUCUCAGAAGCUCAUUCUGGAACUAUUGGAGUUGAAGUUAAGGUCGACAGAUUGAGAGAUGAUUUGAAUGACUACAGACACAGAUAUGAAGAGGCCCGUCGUGAAGUUGAGCGUGAGAAGACCACUUGGGGAGGAGCUAUUUCACAAGCACAAGCUGAGCUUGACACAAACAAGUCCCGCUAUGCCGCCAUUUUGGACGAGGAAAAGAGACUUUAUGCUGAACAAGAUCAACUCUAUCUUCAAUUGGCUGCCGCCAAGGAUGAGCUUGACGCCGCAAUUGUUGAUCGCCGCCGCCUUCAAGCUGAGGAAGAUGACCUCAAGAUUGAGCUGGAAUUCUUGGGAAGAAUCCACUCUCAAGAAAUCACUGAGCUUCGCACUCUUCUUGCUCAAGCUCCAGCCGACACAAGAGAGUUCUUCAAGAAUGAAUUGGCUCUUGCUAUCAGAGAAAUCAAGGCUGAAUACGACAAGAUCAUCCAAACCACCAGAGUUGAUCUUGAGACAAUCUUCCAGAGCAAGAUUAGCGCCGUCGAAUCAUCAAUCGUCUCCAAGAACGAGGCUGCCGUUUUCCGUCAAGAGGAGAUCAGAAAGAUGAACGAGAGCAUCACCACAUUGCGAGCCAAGCUCAGCGAGCUCGAAGCCCGUAACUCUGCUUUGGAGAGAGAAGCCAACACACUCCAGAUUCAACUCGGAGAAGAUCAAAGAGCUUACGAAUCAGAGCUUCACAAGAGAGACAAUGCCCUCCGAUUUAUGCGUGAAGACUGCCAGACUUUGAUUGCUGAACUUCAAGCUCUUCUUAACACCAAACAAACUUUGGAUACUGAGAUUGCCAUCUACAGAAAGCUUGUCGAGUCCGAGGAAGGAAGAUUCACUCAUGUUGGACAGGGGGUCGUUGUCGCCCAGCAGGAGACUACAAGAUUGGUACCAGUCGAGCAAGAUCACUGGGACUCUGGAGAGGUUCAAACUCGUUCCUCAUUCAAGAGACACGCUAAGGGAAAUGUGAGCAUCGUUGAGUGCGAUCCACAAGGAAAGUACAUCAUUCUUGAAAACACCAGUGGAUCAGUUGCCGAAGAUGUAAGCAACUUUGAAAUCCGUCGUGUUAUUGAUGGAGUUCAAGCCUUCGUUUUCCGUCUCCCAUCUCACUUAGUUAUUCAACAACACGGACAUCUUAAGAUCUACGGACGCAAUUCAGGAGGAAUUAACUCACCACCAGACUCAAUUGUGAUGGAAUCUCACCCAUCAUGGGGACAAGGAGGACAAGUUGAAACAUUCUUGUACAAUAGUCACGGAAUUGAGAAGGCUUCGCACAUCCAGACGACGGUCGCUUCUUCCCGUUAAGAAAUCUCCAUCAUCUAAUCGAUUUCUUUUUCGAUGAAUUUAAAUUUAUUCUGAAAUGCCCAUUGAAUCCUUUCCUUGCUGUCUUCACUCCCAAAAUCAUUCGACGUACAUACUUGCUACAUUCCAAUCCAAUUGUUUUUUGAAAUAAAUUGUUCAAUAUUG